UACUGAGAUAUAUUUUCUUAUUCGUUUGUUUCAAAUACAAAAUUAAUUUUAACUGUUAAAUAUUUUUCGCUAAUAAUUUAAAUGAUAAAAUCUCCAGAAUUAAUCAUUAAAGUAAUUGAUUUCGAAGGGUAUAUUUUUGACAAGAAGUCUUUGUGGACUAGUAUAUUUAUUUUUUUAUUUAAACAAAAAAUUAUUGAUUGAAAAGCUAUUUCAUAUUUUCAAAAAUAAAGAUGAAGUGUAUUAAUUCUAAAUGCUCAUCAAAAAAAAUUCUUAAGAUUGUCCAACCUUUUGUCUGUGAUUAUUUCAAGUUACCAUAUAAACCUGAUGACAAAGUAUGUAUAGAUUGUCUAGAAAAAAUAAUCUUACACAACAGUAAGAUGAAAAAACAACUCUCUAAUAGACAGUGUGUUUUUGAAAACGAAUUUGACAAUGAAGAUGACGUUUAUGUUUUAUUAUCUGACGAUGAAGUAAAUGAAAAUAGUAAUGAAAGUUUAGUAGUUAAUGAUGAAACAUGUAAAACACUUGCAGAAAAUAUAAACAUUAUUUUAAAUGAAAUAAAACCUUUAAUUGAUGACCAAACUCUUUUGUGUAAAGAUCAUUUAAAUAAAUUGAAUGAUAAAAUGAUAGACAAUAAAAGUAAAAUUGAUAAACUAGCAUAUCAAGUUGAUCAAGAACUAGAAGAAAUUUAUUCAUUGUUAUAUAAAAAUGAAGAAAUAGUUUAUAAACAUGAAGAAGAAAUAAAUAUCAUAGAUAAUACUAAUGCAACUUCUAAUUUGAACACAAUUACUCAACUGCCUGAUGAUUUACCUGAGGAAGGAGUUUUGAGAAGACGUUCAUUAAAACGUGGUGAAAAAGUGUAUGGUAUGAAACUGUCACUUCUUCAGCCAUGGUUUGAAGCUAUUUCUAAUACUGCAGCUAGUGAAAGUUAUUUUAAUGUUACAUUUUGCAUGAAUGGUGAACAAACAAAUUUAAGUUACAAAAAUUUAGCAUAUUCACACAUUUGUAAAUCUCGAUUUCCAGUAGGCACCCGUGUUAUAGCUAAAUUUACAGAUGCUAAUAUAAAAAUGACUAAUAAUUUCUAUGCAGGAAUAGUAGCUGAGCCUCCGAGCCAUUUAAAUGGCUAUAGGUAUAUGAUUUUCUUUGAUGAUGGUUAUGCACAAUAUGCCUAUCAUAAAAAUAUACGUUUAGUUUGUAGACAGUCUGAAGAUGUUAGCAAUGAUGUCCAUGAAAAUAUUAAAGAAUUUAUAAAAAUUUACUUGGAUAAAUAUCCUAAUCGUGCUAUGGUUAAGUUCAAUAAAAAACAGCGUGUACGUACUGAAUUAGACAAUAAAUGGUGGUUAGCUAAAGUAAUAGACUUAGAUGCUUCAUUAGUAAAAUUAAAGUUUUUAGAUCUUAAUUAUAAACAUGAAGAAUGGAUGUAUCGCGGAUCAAAUAGAUUGGCGCCAAUACAUAGUCAAAUCGGAAGGAACAAACAUAGAUAUAAAGCUUUAGCUAAUGUAAAUAAAACUUUAAAUCGACCUUAUGUAGAAUUUGAAUAUUUCGGACAAAAAAAAGGAGAUUAUUUACCAUGCCAAAAAAAUGUUCAUAUAGGAAAUCAGGGUUAUGUUGAAAAUAUUCAAAUACCUAAUAACUGUGUAAAACCACUCACUUACAAACUUCAUCAAUGUAAUUUAUUUUGUACCUUAUGGGUGAAUUAUGAAGUUUCUAAAACCAAAUCAAUGAGUGCUUUGAGUAUUCCUUUACAUUUUGGUUUCCAAAGAUCUCUUAUUAAAGUUAAAAAUUCUGAAAAUACAGUCAUAUAUACAACACCAUGUGGAUCUAAAAUGACAAACAUAAAAGAAAUGUACAAAUAUUUAAAAGAUACUGAAAAUAAAAUGACAAUAGAUUUUUUUGAUUUUAAUCCCAACAUUAAUCCUUUGGCUGAAUUUAAAAAUGGAGAAUGCAUAUUGUCAAUUAGUGAUGUUUCUUAUGAAUCAGAAUUUAGACCAAUAAGCUUGGUUAAUACUUUAGAUUCAUCAUCACCUCCAUUUGUGACUUAUAUAACAAAACGUAAAGUAAUGAAAGGUGUUAAUUUAUGCACAGAUAUAAAGUUUUUAACUUGUUGUGAUUGCACUGAUAAUUGUGAAGAUAAAUCUAAAUGUUCUUGUUGGCAACUUACUUUAAGUGGUCAGGAAGUAUUACCUCAUGUUUAUAAAGAUGACAAAAUUGGUUAUGUUUACAAGAAGUUGUACAAGUGUGUUCUUACAGGAAUCUAUGAAUGUAAUACAGCUUGUCAAUGUUCAGACUCAUGUUUAAACAGAGUUGUACAACAACCAAUUAUACAUAAACUUCAAGUAUUUCUGACUAAGAAAAAAGGUUGGGGAGUUAGAACAUUGAACGACAUUCCUCAAGGUAGCUUUAUAUCCACAUAUGUUGGUCACUUAUCCACGGAUAAUGAUGCAGAAGUUGAUGGAAUCACUUAUGGUGAUGAAUAUUUAGCAAAUUUAGAUCAUAUUGAAGCUGUUGAAAACUAUAAAGAAGAUUAUGAGAGUGAUGUUCCCCCAGAAGAUGAAAUCAGUGAUGAAACUUCUUGUAGUUCUGAUGAAGAUUUUCGCCCUACUCCUAAAGUAAUAAAAAAUAUGAGCUUGUAUGGUUGUGAGAUGUCUUUAAGAAAUGCUCAAAAUGCUAAUACAGAAAAAGACGGUACUCAUAGAUUAUCCAAAUUAAAUACUAAACAGUUAGUCAAAGAAAAACAAAAAUCAAUACGCAGUUAUUUUGGUGAUGAUGAUAUAUAUAUUUUGGACGCCAAAACAAGUGGAAAUGUGGGACGUUUUUUUAAUCAUUCUUGUGAACCUAAUACGUUUGUACAAAAUGUUUUUGUAGAUACACAUGACUUGAGAUUUCCUUGGGUGGCUUGUUUUGCAAAUUCAUUUAUUCCAGCUGGUACAGAGCUUACAUGGGACUACAAUUAUGAUAUUGGAAAUGUUACAGGGAAAAUUUUAAUGUGUAACUGUGAAUCAAAAAAGUGUAGAGGAAGACUGUUGUAGUUAUUUAAACUACUUAUUAGAUUAUUUAUUUUUUUUACUAUCAAAAUUAUGUUUUAAAUUACAGAGUUUAAUUUUUAUUUAUUAAUAUAUAUAAUUGCAGAAUUACAAAACAAAAAUGAUUUAGUACUGAAUAAAAUUUGAUACAAAUAGAAACACAUACCUUUUCCUUUUAAUUCAUCCUGUUCAAAAAUAAAAUUUACAUUAAUUUGAGCAAGGUUAGAUUUUUAGAAAGGGCGUAGAGUGCAUAAAAUACUCCAUCCACCAAUAAAGUUAAAAUUCCA